CUACGGCUCUUUGACGUGUCCCGGAAGCAGAUUCGGGAAUUUCCGUAAACAAACAACGGAGCGACCUGGUUCCGGUGAUGGCGGGGACUGCACUUAAACGGCUUAUGGCCGAAUAUAAACAACUAACACUGAAUCCACCAGAAGGGAUUGUGGCAGGCCCAAUAAAUGAAGAAAAUUUCUUUGAAUGGGAAGCCUUGAUAAUGGGCCCAGAAGACACAUGUUUUGAGUGUGGAGUAUUCCCAGCAAUUCUCAGCUUCCCUCUCGAUUAUCCUCUGAGUCCACCUAAAAUGAGGUUUACCUGUGAGAUGUUUCACCCAAACAUUUAUCCUGAUGGCAGGGUGUGCAUCUCAAUCCUACACGCUCCAGGAGAUGACCCCAUGGGCUAUGAGAGCAGUGCCGAGAGGUGGAGUCCUGUGCAGAGUGUUGAGAAAAUUCUGCUCUCAGUCGUAAGCAUGUUGGCAGAACCCAAUGAUGAAAGUGGUGCAAAUGUGGAUGCGUCCAAGAUGUGGCGAGAAGACCGGGAGCAGUUUGACAAGAUAGCCAGGCAGACUGUGCAGAAAUCGCUGGGAUUGUGAGGAGAUAUUUCAGUAUUGCACACAAAGAACAAGGAUUUGUGUCUUUCUGUAUUACUGCUUAAGAGAUGCUGUCGAAUAGUCCUUGCAGUUUUGGGAUCACCAAAUCAUUUGGAAAAUUGCUAGUUUGGAGGUUCCUUUUUGACUUUCAUGUGCUCCAUGUCUCCCCAUUUCUGGGUGGUGUUUAAUGGAGAAUUCUUAUUGGUUAUCCCACAGUCCUUGUAUGUGUGAGAAUCAAUAGCAAAAUCUGAAGUCUUAAGUUCCUACAUCCAUACGUGGACUUUGGACUCUUCACGUUAUUACUAUACAAGUACAGUUCUUAACAGUAUUCUCUUACAGCACACCAGCAUCUAAAUAUAUUGGACAUGGCUCUAUUGCGCUAAGAAAUUGGAUAUUGCAGGUGACUGUCUAUAUGGAAACAGUAAAUGGAUUUUGGCAGAUGGACUCAAUUUGGAGAACUUUGUCAUUCAUGAAGAAAAAUGACCAGUUGUUAGAGCCAGAAUAGGUGAAUGUUCCUAUGAACUUGACAUUCUUCUUCCCAUCAUGUAUUCAGCAAAGUCCUGCAAAACACCUUCAGGCUUCCAGCUUAUUAUACUGGGUCAACAGCCUUCCGUAUAGUGUUGGUGACAGUUUAUGCUGUUUGUGCUCAAACACUUUGUAAUCCAGCAUUGCUUCUAUAUGGAAAGUCUGAGCAGCUGUAUUGUAAUGUUCUGACUCUUUUUUGCUGUAAUAAAUGAGUGAUCUAUAA